AUUUGAUAGAUUUUCACCAAAAAAUUUGGUUCUGACCACAGGGAAACUAGGUUUCCAAUUCAGAAAUUAUAAUUUGGCGGUAGCGAGAGACAACGUGAUCGGCAAGGAUAUUCUCAGAUUUGGAUGUUUCACUAUUGAAAAUGUUUUGGGGUAUAACCCUGGAACAUGGGAAAGUCUAUAGUCAAAUUGUGGAGAUGCCAUUUCACAUCUCGAUGGCAGCACUUGGGUUGACAAAUAUAAAAUCCGAAGCAACAACAGUAAUGGUUGAGAGUGACAAGGCAGAAUAUGCUCUAUGUACAUUACAAGCUGGGAAAAUCCCACAGCAAGCACUUGAUCUCAAUUUCACUGAAGGAGAAGAAGUAAAAUUCUUUCUUGAAGGGGAUGGAGGAGAUGUUCAUUUAACAGGAUACUUGCUGGAAACACCACGUGAGUAUGAAUAUGAAGAAGAAGAUGAUGAGGAUCUAGACGGCAUGCUAAGUAGUGAUGACGAUUCUUCUUCGAUGGAGAGCAACCAAGAAGGGAAUGAUGAAAAGGAUGAUUCAUGUGACGACGCACAGGGAGACAAGAUUAAGAAUGACGUAAAAGCUGAAAUCGAUGAUGACGAGGAUUAUAAAGAAGGAAAAAGUUCAUCUUGUAGCAGUGACGAUUCAAAUGAUUCGGAUAUCAUCGAGAAGAGCUUAUCAUGGCAGGCUGCUUUAGUAGGAGAUUUAGACGAUGAAGAUGCAGAUUCAGACAGCGAAGAUAAUGAAUGGAAACCAACCCAGAAGAAAUCUCCCCAAAAAUCUGGAAAGAAUGCCAUUAAGAAGAAGAAGAAGGCAAAUCCUCAGAAGUCAAGGACAAAGAAACCUAUUAGCCAGACUCUUUUAGAUCUUAUGGAUAUGGACGAUAGUGAUGACGACAGCGAUAGUGAUAAGGACUGGGCUCCAACUUCAGAUGACGUAGAUGAUGGCAAUGGUAAUGUAAAUACAGGUUCGAAGGAUAGUAGUCUAAACGGAGAUCAUAAAAGUUAACAAGGUUCAUUAGCUAAUAAGACUAAGUUUUGUCAAUUUUAUCGGAAGAUUAGCAUCCGAGGGUUAUUGUUAGGGAUGCAGAUCGCGUAAGGUGCAUUCUAAAAGAGCACAUUGCGGAAAUAAAUUCAGUCAAAGACAGGUCAAGUUGCAAAUUCAUGUACACUGGUGUUAUUGCAGACAAGUACUGUCGUCUCAAACAGGUUUAUCAGUAGUUUUGAAAUACUUAGGCUUCUAAGCAAAGUUUGUAUUGACUCUUUAGUAACUUGCUUGUUUAAAGCAUUGCGGGUGUUCCUUACAUAAGGGUAAAUUUUAAUGGUUCAUGAUCUAGUAUGGUCACAAACCAUUAAGAACAAUUAACAGUUAUGAAAACUGGUUGAUAAUUGAAGCUGCUUGCUUCCCGCGAUUGCUAAGGAGUUGCUUUUUAAAGCUGGAAUAUUUUACGACGGCCUGUUUUUUCGUAAUGUUGUUGCUUUGUUCUGCCUACUUUGGCUGAACAGUGGGAAAAAUUCCUAUAAACUAUUUUCUGGUAACAAACUACAUGUAUGUCAUUCGUUACCUGUCAAAUCAAACUAGAGCGUGCUACUUCUUAAAAAGGUAGACAAAGAACGUCAAACCGCCAUCUUGUAUUUCUUUAUAGUAUCUGAUUUUAUGUAAAGAAAACAUUAAUUUUGUCCCUUCCAUUUAAUAGUUAGUUAGCAUAUGUUCUGGUACCCUUCCUAAUUUCACCAAAAAUUACUUACAUCUGCGCACUACAAUCUUUUUUGACUUUACCAUAUUUUUUGGUAGUGCUUAUUCUGUCCUUGCAAUUUCCUUUCAUUUGUUAAUCCGUUGAUCUUAUGUUUAUUAGCUAUUUGUUGGACUAGCUUCAGCAAAUUGUUCAUCUCUCUUUGUUUUAUUUUGGGUAAGUUCAUCUGCCACUAUUGCUAUCCCUUAGAACAACUUCGUUCACCCUUCUUUCGUUUUUUAGUUCCCAUUAAAAUUUCAAAAACGUUUUUAUCCUACUAGUUUUUCAUAUUUUAAUGUAGAUUUGUUCAAAUUUGCCCGUGAAAUUUUACCAGUGGA